UUCACUCGCUCUUUCUUAGCGCCGUUUUAGCUCCAACAACGAUGGUAGAAGAAGCUCCAGCACCGGCCAGCUCGGCCCCCGCCAAGGCUCCUAAAAAGAAGACCGCGGCCAAACCCAAGAAAGCGGGUCCCAGCGUCGGCGAGCUGAUCGUCAAAGCUGUUUCCGCUUCCAAGGAGCGGAGCGGCGUGUCCCUGGCUGCCCUGAAGAAAGCUCUGUCUGCAGGUGGAUACGACGUGGAGAAGAACAACUCCCGCGUCAAACUCGCCGUCAAAAGCCUGGUGACCAAGGGCACCGGCGCCUCAGGCUCUUUCAAGCUCAACAAGAAGCAGACCGAGGCGAAGAAGCCCGCGGCCAAAAAAGCCGCCGCUCCUAAAGUGAAAAAGGCCGCAAAGAAACCCGCCGCUGCAAAGAAGCCCAAGAAGGUAUCAGCCAAGAAGCCCGCCGCUAAGAAGUCCCCCAAGAAGGUCAAGAAACCCGCUGCUGCCGCUAAGAAAGCCACCAAGAGCCCCAAGAAGGCUAAGAAGCCGGCGACCCCCAAGAAGGCAGCCAAGAGUCCUAAAAAAGCCAAGGCAGCCAAACCUAAGACCGCUAAGCCCAAAGCGGCCAAGGCCAAAAAAGCUGCACCCAAGAAGAAGUAAACAUGUUCCUGUUUUAUUACUUUUAUUUUCUUAAAACAGCUCUUUUAAGAGCCACCUA